AUGGACUUCGACGACGACAAGUCGCUCUUCGGAUCUUCUCCUCCAACUUCAGCGACGUUGGGGUCUCACUUCGCUGUCAGAGAUCCGAUCCCUCUCUGCUUGCCUGGAAUGGGCGCAACUCAACUACCGAAUGCCAACGGUGCUCCUGCGCAGGCGCAGGGCGCAACCUCGAGUUUACAAGUCCCUCACAUGCCUCAUCAAGUACUUGGCAUCGAGAACAACCCCCUGGACGUUCCUUCCAGACCACAGACACCCGCACAGAGACGGCUUUCACGAAAAACCUCAAAGCCCUCUUCCUCUCGAAGAAGCUCUUCAUCUCAGAAAGCUCCCAUCUCCGCGAUUAACCCCGGCGUUCCCGUUCGACUGAUUCCAACAUUGCCAGGCUCCUCAGCUCCCACAGCAGAGACUCCUCUGUUCGCUCCGCCAAUUGCACCGGGUCACAGUACCUUGCCCCCUUUGCCGGCAUCGCUCCUUCUGUCACCUUCACCGCCCGUUCUGAACGGGAAUGGCGCACCCUUGGCCUUAGGUGUUGGUGAAGCAUCUUCAAGCCAGAAGUUGUGUACCAAGUGCCACAAGUCUAAGCCGCAAUCGGAAUUCUCUUCUAUGACCAAUAUGGGUCUGAUAAGGGAGCGAAGCCAAUGCGAGCCGUGUCGCAGGAAGAGAAGGGAGUCAUCGGCUCGAUACAAGCUUCGCAAAGAAAAGGCUGAGACUCAGGCUGAGGACAACCAAGAGCAGCUUCAGCAGCAGCAACUUCCACAGGGUGGCAUGGCGCAGUGUCCUUAUCAUGGCUUAAGCGAGCACCAGCCGACUCGUCCUUCUCAUCCAUUGACAGAAGUGGUUGGUCUUGAGCAGGCAACUGAAUCCAGCCCUAUGCAUGGCGUCGCCACGGCGAACACAAUGCUUGGCUUCAAUUCUACUACAGAGCUUAUGAGAGAGGCAAGUCCCAUAAUUGACAAGUUUACAUUCGCUCCCAACGCACUGAUCACAACCCAACAUGAUCCAAUCGACUUGACGUCUCCAACUUUUUCCCCCUUCUUCGACUGGCCAGCAGCCCAGGAACCAGAACAGGGCGUCGACAUUGAAGCUGAUAUGGCAUUCUGUGGAUUUCAAUCGUCGAAGCAAAUGGCGUCGCCGAGCUUAGUUCUCCCGCAAGAGACUGGCAUGGAGGCUGGACUUCCCCCAACUCAAGAUCACACAAGCGAGCUCUACGACAUUGUGAGCGUCAAGACGCUUAAGACUCCCUUGACCAAGAAUGCUGAGGCCUGGCUUCUCAACCACGAGAAGCAAAAGUUCAAAGAAGGCCGCGAAAAGUGUGAGUGGAUGAAGACGCAGGAGAAGAAGACUUUGGUGGCGUGCUGGGAGAAGAGACAGGCCUCGAUUGUUCUUGGACUUGUCGAAGUGCCUGGCUCUGAUCUUCAGCCCAUGAUUGGCUAUUCCUACGCCGAGGGUUCGCACCAGAAUCUGCCUGGUGCUUACCCAGAUGACUAUGAUUGGCAUUGA